AUGGAGAGCGGCUCUGAGUUUUGUAAGUUGGGGAAGUCUCUGGAUCCAGGUGUGAGCUAUUUUACCGACGCUUCAUGGGCGAACCUGCUUGCCGGUGGUUGCACAGGCCUCUUUGUUGACGCCGUGCUGUUCCCGCUCGACGUCUUCAAAACUCGGAAACAGGCGGAAACGUCUCGGUGUCGUCAAGCGAAUCCGUCAACUGCGUUUUCGCAUCCUCGAUCGUCUCAAACAGGGGCGGCAUCCGGCUUGAGCGCGGCUACGUCCGCUGCUGGUACUACUUGUACUCCGACGUCGACCCCGACAGCGGGUAGUGCCGCGGCAGAGUUACGGUCUCAGCCGUCGUCCGCUUCUUCGUCUCGUUCGUCUAACACGUCGUCCGCCUCAGCCACCCUGUUCGCCGUCUCCGGGGGGGCUGCAGCGCAUUCACAUGCUCCAGCUAACUCUUCACGUCAAAGUCAGCCUUUCUGUGCAUCCUCGAGCUCCUCCCCUUCUUCUUCCUCUACUGCCGGGAAGGCCGGCGCUUCAGCGCAGUCGAGUUCUGUCCUUUCUCAGUCGCCACACGAGAGUCAAAACGCGAAUGGAGGGAGGGGGCUGAACUCAGUGGCAGCUCUCCAGGCGACCAGGACUGUUGCGAGCGGCGGCUGUUCAGGAUUCCACACAGGCCUCGUGGCGGCAUCGGAGGCGACAGGCCUCAAUUGCGUUCUGGAGAAACGCGGCAAAAUCCCGACGGCCGCAGCUAGCAGCGUCCUGAGGGCAUCGGGGGCGGGCGGACAGCACUGCUCCGACCGACCGAAACUGGCCACGAGCUUUUUCCCCUCGCGCCUCAGUGGAGGUUUUGGAAUUUUCAGUAGAAUGAUUCACCGCUACUACCCCGGAUUCGGUGCUCUCGCGGUUGGAACUUUUCCAUCGUCUGCUCUCUUCUUCGUCACUUACGAAGGAUCCAAGCAGUUUCUGGCAAAGCAAGAAGCAGGCCAGCGACUGAGCCCCGCGCUGACCUACGUGGUAUGCAGCACGGUGGCAGAAUUCGCGUCGUGCUGCGUUAGAACGCCUUUUGAGAUGCUGAAGCAGCAGAUGCAGCUCGGGAUGCAUUUGACGACGACCGGCGCGAUACAGGCGAUUUGGCGGCGAGAUGGCUGGCAAGGCUUCUUUGUCGGGUUUAACGCGACGAUUGUGAGGGAUCUCCCGUUCGUCGGUGUCGAAAUGGCGCUGUGGGAGUAUUUGAAAAAAUACUUCUGCUCUAUGCCCGGUGUCUCCGACAGCGCUGCCUUGACUUCAAUCUCCUCCGGCUUGGCUGGUCUCCUCGCGGGCGGUGGAGCUGCAGUGGCUACGACCCCUUUGGAUGUGGUGAAGACACGCUUGAUGACUCAGGAGGAAGGCCGAUAUCAGUACCGAGGCUACUUUGACUGUUUUUCUUCGAUUCUGCGACGGGAAGGUCCAGGAGCUCUCUUCCUGGGACUGAAGCUGCGCGUGAUUUGGGUAGCGCUGGGCGGAGCCUUGUUCUUCGGGGGUUACGACGCGUUCAAGUCCAUCUAUCUUCGCAUGCUGACUGGAAAGAGGAGUGCAUUGCCCAACACUGCCGGCUACUCGUCGUCCACGAAGGGCGAUACUGGGUUCGGGGUCGGGGUGGCGGGGGAAGCUCUGAGAGUCGAAGGCGAACUCAACGCGACGGAAGGGCGGGCGGCUGUCGCUACCCUGGCGGCGGAAACUCAAGAGUGA